CUUCUCCAACAAACCCCCACCAAAUUUUAUUAACUUAUAAAAACUCUCAAAAUUCCACCCGCCGCCUUCUACUUCCUCUUAAAAAAACCGUAAAAUUAUAAAAAUACUCCUUUUUAUUUGAUUAAUUUGGGAUUUUCGUUAUCGCUGAGCGGUCGAUUUCUCUAAUCUCAGUUCGUUGAGCUCUCCCUUUCUUUCUCCUAAUACUUUUCCUUCGAGUUGACUCCAACCGAAAAAAUCGCAGAGCUCUGCUGUUUUCUUCAGUUUGUUUGUCGGGGGUCUUUCUAUUCAUCAUUUUGGAGCGUGACUCAUAAGUUAUCUUUUAUGUUAAGAGCUCGAUUUGGGGCCGGAUAAUUAUUUUUGGAGGGAUAAUGGGUUAUUUUUUGGGCUUGGUGAUUUUGAUUCUUGGGUCUCUUCGGCCUUCGGAGUCCAUGAGGCCUCUCAAGGAAAGAGGUUCUGCUGCUGGAUCUUGGAGCGAUGAGAGGCUGUUCCUUAGAAGAGAUGACAAUGACCUUGGUCCUUAUUCUCAAUGGAAUAUAACUGGAACAUAUAGAGGAAGUUGGAGCUUUGCUGAGAAUUCCAACGUCUCUUCUAGAUUCCUAGAUUUUGGGAGAUCCAGUGGUGCUUCUAUCUUGGAGCUAGUCAGUAGUCCGACAAAGAUAAGCGGUGUACACUAUAUUCAGGGAGCACUUAUUUUCCACGAUGUGUAUGAUAAUGGACGUGACCGGGGUGUUGCACAAAUGAGAGUGGAAGGUGUAUAUAUAUGGCCCUUCAAGCAACUCCGACUGGUGGCCAGCAGUGGGACUGAUGGUGAGCUACUUCAAGAAGAGGAUUACCUUUUAUCCAGUCCAUAUCAUUUGCUUGGAGUAUUCUCUUCUCAAGUUUUUCAAGAAUCUUCUCGCAGCAAACUUGGAAGGAGGAAGAAGUCCUUUACCUAUGACAUGGAGAAACAUUGUAAUACCGAGAUAGCUGCCCAAGUUUCUCGUGCUCCACGACAAGCAGAUGGAGAGCAUGAACGCUACCAUUUGGAGGGAUUGGUGGAGAGUCCAUCUGCGGAUGAUGAUGGAGAGUGUUUCUCCCCCAUUUUACUCAAUGUCACUUCUCUUAACAUUGAGGUCUACUACAACAAAGCAGUUAACUACACUCUGAUGGUUACCUUUAUAUCAUUUCUUCAAGUUUUGUUGUUGAUCAGACAAAUGGAGCACAGUAAUACCCAAUCAGGUGCAGCUAAAGUUUCUAUUCUAAUGAUUGGGCACCAGGCCAUUAUGGAUGCCUACUUCUGUCUCCUGCAUUUGACUGCUGGGAUAUUAGUUGAGUCCCUAUUUAAUGCCUUUGCAACUGCAGCCUUCUUCAAAUUUGUUGUUUUCUCUAUUUUUGAGAUGAGAUACCUCCUUGCAAUAUGGAAGGCAAAUAGGCCAAUAAGCAGUGGAGAAGGUUGGGAAAUUAUGAGGCGUGAACUUUCAGUUCUUUAUAGUCGUUUCUAUGGAAUUCUUUUGGGAGGCAUUCUUCUCAUGUAUGAGAUGCACAAUUUUCUACGUCCUAUUCUUUUCAUUAUGUACUGCUUUUGGAUACCUCAAAUUAUUCUGAAUGUGAUUAAAGAUACAAGAAAGCCCUUGCACCCUCAUUACAUAUUAGGCAUGACUGUCACUCGUUUAGCGAUUCCAUUGUACGUAUUUGGUUGUCCAAGCAACUUUAUGCGCAUUGAAGUCAACAAGAAUUGGUGCAUAUCAUUGGUUGUAUUCAUGGGAUUGCAAGCAUCAGUUCUCCUCCUUCAGCAUUAUCUUGGAUCUCGUUGGUUUAUUCCUCAUCAGAUCCUACCCGAAAAAUAUAGCUAUUACAGGAGGCUCGAGAAUGAUGUGUCACAAGCUACAGAUUGUGUCAUCUGCAUGACUGGCAUUGAUGUCACACAGUUAUCAAAUGACUACAUGGUGACACCUUGUGAGCAUUUUUUCCAUUCUGGGUGUUUACAAAGAUGGAUGGACAUAAAAAUGGAGUGCCCAACUUGCCGCCGUUCAUUGCCUCCAGCUUAAAGAUUAAUCCAUGUACGACAUCUAUAAUCUGAAGAGACACGAAUCUUUAUUUUGGGGAGGAAGGUAUAUAUCAUUUCAAGCAAGAAGAUUAUAUAAGCAAUUGAAGACAGAAGAUAAUAUAGUUUCAAACUAAGCACGCCUCAUAUGAGUCUUGUAUUAUGUAACACAACAUUUUAUCAUUUAGAGUAGCAUAGGCUGGCCGCAAUUGGUGCCCUUCUGUAUAUUCUUUCAGGAUGUCUAGGUAGCUGUUAUGUAUAAAAUUGGAAUGGAAAAGAAGAAAAUAAUUCCAGUGCAGAGUGGAUGUAUCAAGAAUACUGUCUUCUCUGUCUCUGUAGAGGCUUUUUGCAAGAAAAUUAGUUUCGAGGAGA